CAAGAAGAAGAAGAUCAUCCUCAACUUCUUCAAGACUUCCAUGGGUUUCUAGGUAAGAGAUCUCCAAUGAACAACGUACAAGGGUUUUGUAAUCUAGAUAUGAACGGAGAUGAAGAAUAUUCAGACGAUGGAUCUAAGAUGGGAGAGAAGAAGAGGAGAUUGAACGUGGAACAAUUGAAAGCACUAGAGAAGAACUUUGAGCUUGGUAAUAAACUUGAAUCAGAUCGAAAAUUAGAGCUGGCUCGUGCCUUGGGAUUGCAACCUAGACAGAUUGCUAUAUGGUUCCAAAACAGAAGAGCUCGAUCUAAAACCAAGCAGCUUGAGAAAGACUAUGACAUGCUUAAGCGUCAAUUCGAAAGUCUCAGAGAUGAGAACGAAGUUCUUCAAACUCAAAACCAAAAGCUUCAAGCUCAGGUAAUGGCAUUGAAAAGCAGAGAACCAAUAGAAUCAAUCAAUCUAAACAAAGAAACAGAAGGAUCAUGUAGUGACAGAAGUGAGAACAUUUCGGGUGACAUCAGACCACCGGAGAUCGAUAGCCAAUUUGCAGUAGGCCAUCCACCGACAACUACAACGAUGCAGUUCUUUCAGAAUUCAUCGUCAGAACAGAGAAUGGUGAAAGAAGAGAACAGUAUCAGCAACAUGUUCUGUGGAAUUGAUGACCAGUCUGGAUUCUGGCCAUGGCUUGACCAACAACAACAUUACAAUUAAAUGUGGUCGAUCUUUUUUUAUUUGUAUUAAAAUUUUCGUUUUCUU